AUGGGCACAUCAUGGUACUCAUUUUCCUCAAAGCAGCGCAAGGAACGCAAAGCCCUCAAGGCCCUCAAAGCUCUAUCCGGAAGCACAUCUACACAUUCAUCAGAUAGAAGGUCAAUCACAGAGGUUACACAAGAGCGCCCACCACCCUACACAGCACGAGCUAUUCCAAUCCCCACCAUCGAAAUCAGCAGCGCCGAGCCCGACGAGUCACAAUAUGCCUUCCUCCGCGACUUCGACACCGUAUUCCUAGUCGAUGACAGCUCCAGCAUGCAAGGACCUAGAUGGAGAGAAGCAGCCGAUGCCAUUGCCGUCAUCGCACCCAUCUGCACCCAGUACGACAGCGACGGAAUAGACAUCUACUUCCUCAACCACCGCCGCUCAUCCCCCAGAGACCGCCAAUCCACCUGGCGUCAACCAAGCUACCAGCCCGGCGUAGAUGGAUACCAACACAUCACCACAGCGCGCCAAGUCCAAGAGAUCUUCAACACUGUCCGACCAAGUGGUAGCACAAUGGUCGGAACGCGACUGUCGGAUAUCCUCGACCCGUACCUGCGUCGCGUGGAGACAAUGCAUACCGCGAAGAAAGCACGCGGCUACGUCGAUCCGGAUGUGCUUGUUAAGCCGAUGAAUAUUAUUACUAUUACCGAUGGUGAAUUCACAGACGAUGCGGAGGGUGUGAUUAUUAAAACGGCUCGGAAGUUAGAUGGACCUACUUGUGACGCGAUCCCGUGGCAGGUUGGGAUUCAGUUCUUUCAAAUUGGGAAUGAUGCCCGGGCGAGGGACUUUUUGCAGCAAUUGGAUGAUGAUUUGAGGACGGGGAUACAAAUGCGGGAUAUUGUGGAUACAAUUCCUUGGAUGCGGGAUGGAGUGCCCUUGAAUAGUGAUGGGAUUUUGAAGACGGUGCUGGGGGCUGUAAACAAGAGGUUAGAUCGACAGAGACUUUAG